AUGGGAUUGGUUCGUAAUUUUGCCAUUCAAGACCAUCCUGGAAUAAUACGAGUUGUUGACCCUCAAUGGGUCGACGCGGAAGUGGUUCGGGAGUGGAUCACAUCCUGCAUCACCAAUCACGCAGAUCGAUGCAAGAUGCUGCCUUUCUUUAGGAACGAGGAUUUGAUUAUGCCCAGGUACCUUGUCGAUACUCUGGAAAUGUGUCUCGUGAAAGGAGACCAAGUCAAAGGCGAUUACGUUGCACUGAGUUAUCAAUGGGGCCAAACAGAGACGCUUCGAAACACAACUCUGCUGUGUAAACGGAUUCUCCAGCAAUACUCACUAUCCGACGCGGAACCAGCUCCCAAAAUACCUACAACAGUCAAAGAUGCUUUCGCUGUGGCCAAAAGACUAGGCUAUCUGUUGCAGUACAAUGCAUGUCAGCACAUUGGCCAUUUACAGCUCCACAAUAAGGAUAACGUAGCCAUGUUCAAAGCUACAGGAAGCAACUACUCGUCACCAAAUCCAAUCGAGAUUGUGGCGACUUGCAAAGGCUACUGCAGAACACUAUUGGCGCUGGGAACAGACUGGGAUGUUCAAUGCAAGAAGGGGAAUUCAUGGCAGAAUUUUGCUACCUACAAAGAAUGCUACUAUGUCCUGUGGAUUGAAUGGGUGGAUGGCGUCGCGUAUCACAAGGCCAGCGGGGCCGUUCUCGCCGAGGCAUGGGAGCUCGUGAAGGAGAAGGAGCUUGUGGAUCUGAUAAUGGGGUGA